GCGUGCGCCGACCGCAAAGGUUUCUUCGACAGCCACUGCGGCGUGAGCGACGCCGAGAUGAUCAGCGUGGUCGCCGACGAAGAGGGGCCGCUGGGGUACAUCCAGGGUCUGCCGGCAACAGCCGUCGAUGCGGUGUCCGGCCAGGGGGCGCGGGCCUCUGGGGCAGAGAAGUUGGAUGCGCACGGCCGGCUGCCAUCUCCGCAGGCGGCGGUGAGCGAGCUGCCGGCGGGCGACGAUUUUGCCGAGCUGCAGCAGCAACUGGCCGCUCACGAGAUGCAGCAG